AUGGAUCUGUCUUCUAUCCCCAACAAUCUUCCAGUCAUUGCUCCUGUCAUUCAGGCCUUCGGUGGUCUCAAUGGCUACUGGGGUCAACGCGGGUUUGAGCCCCUCAAAGCCUACUGUGACUCUCACCCUGAAUACAUCACACUCUCUUUCGUGAACCAAGCUCCCGAACACAGUGACUCGAAUCUUCCCGGAACCAACUUUGCUGGGCAUUGUGCAGGCGGCACCUAUGAAGACUCCAAUCUCCUCAGCGAAUGCUAUACCAUCAAGGAAGGAAUUCCGUACUGCAAGGAUCGUGGUGUCAAAAUUCUACUGAGUAUCGGUGGUGUUUACAACGAGGCAGGAAGUAACUAUAAGGUGACCAACGACGACAAAGGCCGAGAGUUUGCCGACUUCCUCUACAAGGCGUUCGGUCCUUACAAUGAGCAUUCGGGUACUAUUCGCCCCUUUGACAGUGUCGAUGAAGAUGGCAAUACUGUUCAUGCUGCAGUUGAUGGUUUCGAUUUCGAUAUCGAACAUGAUCUUCCCAAUGGCCCUUACAUCGCCAUGAUCAACCGACUUCGCGAACUCGACGAAGGAAUCACUAUCACUGGUGCGCCUCAGUGCCCAACUAGCGAGGAGUACUUUUACAUGAAGGAGAUGAUCCAGUCGGCCAAGUUCGAUGCCCUGUUUGUGCAAUUUUACAACAACCGCUGGUGUGAUGCCGUUUCAGAAGAUCUUGAGGGUGAAGGUUUUAACUACGACAAGUGGGUGGAUAUAAUCGAAGACAGUGAUUGCAGCAAGGAUGCCAAGCUGUAUGUCGGUCUCCCUGCUAGCGAAGAAGCCGCACCAGGUGGCGGUUACCUUGAGCCCGAAGAUCUGAAGGAUCUUGUCUGUGAACUCACGACAAAGUCUCAUUUCGGUGGUGUUUCUCUGUGGGAUCUCACUCGUGGAGAAGAGAACAUUGUUGACGGAAAGAGCUACAACGAACAUGUCAUGGAUGCUCUCAAGUAUGGCUGUGCCCCUGUGCCAGUUCCUACUACCACCACCAGCGCCAUGACCACAACCACUGAAGAGGCUUCUACCUCUACCGACGUCGCGACAACUGAAGCAUCCACAGUUGAUACUACCACUGCAUCUAAUGUUUCUACAACUUCUGGUGCUUCAUCGACGGAGGAUGCUACUUCGACUGACACCACCACCGCCUCUGAUGUAUCUUCAACUGAUGAUGCCACAGCUACCUCUGACAUUUCUGCUACCACCAACAGCGAUGCCGCCACUUAUACUGCCGCCACCACUUCCGCCGAUGCCACUGCUUCUACUGAUGCUGUAUCAACUGAUACUACUGCUUCUACUGGUGCUGUAUCAACUGAUACUACUGCUUCUACUGAUGCUGUAUCAACUGAUGCUACUACUUCAACUGAUGGUGCUUCUACCGACGCUAUUGCCUCAACUGAUACUACUACUUCUACCGAUGCUACUGCUUCUACUGAUGCCACUGCAUCCGCGGAGACAGCUACUAGUGCCGGUACAAACACUUCCAGCGCCGUCACCGAGUCUACCACUGGAGCAUCUGUCACAGCCACAGAAUCUUCAGCUGACACCACUAUGGCUUCAACGACCGACAGUGCCUCGACAAGUGAUGCCCUCUUUGUUACAUCUGACGUGUCUGCGACUGUUGAUAAUUCUGCUGCCACUGGAGCAGCUUCUAGCUCAACUGUCGAUUCCCCCAUUAGCAGCGACACUGCUACUGGCACUGCUGCGACGACCGAUGUUUCGCGAGCUACAGAGUCGACCGCUUCGGCCACAAAGACUGAGCCCGCGACUGUCGCGACCGCCUAUAGCACUCUCCGAGGCUGGAACACUACAUCAACGGGCACCGCUGCCUACACACAGACAUACGGUAACCCUUCUACCCUUGUUCAUUCUGGCUCUCUUACCACAAAGGGAUCGCCUGCCUACACCAACUAUCCUGGAAACACAGAUGCUGUUAGCAUGACUACCAGCACCGUCUGCACUACGCGAGUCCACACCGUCACCAAGUGCCCCCCUGAGGUUGUUGACUGUCCCUAUGGAUCUGUCACAACUGAGACUAUUCCCUUGUACACUACCGUCUGCCCAGUCACUGGUAAAGCUAAGCCUACUGAUUACGCUUCCCAGUAUGCUGCUCCUCCUCAGUAUGAGACCAGGACUGUCUACACCACAAGUGUCCACACCAUCACCAAGUGCGCUCCUGGUGUCGUUAACUGCCCUUACGGAUCUGUCACCACUGAGACUGUCCCUGUCUACACUACUAUCUGUCCUGUAACAGAGGCUGAUAAGCCAGCUCCUACUGAUGUCCUUGUCAACCAUAAGACCAAGACUCUCUACACGAGCCAGGUUCAUACCGUCGCCCAGUGUCCCCCUGAGAACCCCAACUGCCAAGUCGGUGCCGUCACUACCGAGAUCGCAUCAUGGACAACAGCCAUUGUGCCCGUCAAGGAGACCCAGUCCAUCAAGGCUUACAAACCUGUUGCCGAGCUCCCUAAGCCGCUAACGGUUGGAUCUCAUCUCAAUGGCACAGUCUACACCAGCGUUGCUGUCCCCCCUGCUACGCUCAAGACAGCAACCAAGCCUGGUGUUUUCGAGCAGGCCAAGCCCACAGACAAGCAGCCUGCUCAAGAGCAACACUCUGGCGCUGCUGCUCCCACAGGUGGCCACAACGGUGAGGCUCCUAUCGAUACCUAUAUACCCACGUCCAUUACUCCCGUUACUGCUGGCGCCUCUUCAAUGGCCGUAGGCCUGACUGCUUUGGCAGGCAUUGCACUUCUGCAAGUCCUUGCUCUGUAG